CUUUGAUAAGACGCGGUGUGCGGUUUCUCCCGGAGACUCGAGUUUUUCGUGAUUUACAGAAAAACACACCACAAAUAGAGAUCGUCUCAUCGUCUGCAAGCGAUUUUCAUCUGGACCCAUGGCCUCACCGUCUUUGCCUAAAAAGUUCCGCUGUGACCAGUGUGGGAAAUCCUUCUCCACCUCUGCUCACCUCAAAAGACACUCUGUGCUUCACUCUGGCGUCCGUCCGUACGAAUGCGACCAGUGUGAGCAGACCUUCACCCAGGCCUGCCACCUCAAGAAGCACCUGCAGACCCACACCGGAGCCAAACCCUUCACCUGCGACCAGUGUGGCAGCAGCUUCACCACUGGGGGGAGCCUCCGCCGACACCAGCUCAUCCACACCGGCGCCAAGGACCACACGUGCGACCAGUGUGGGACGGCCUUCACGCUUUUAGACGAUCUGAAAAAGCACAUGCGCAUUCAUUCCGGCGAGCGUCCAUACCGAUGUGACCAGUGUGGUAAAACGUUUCCGUGGGUUAAAUCAUACAAAAAACACCUAAAGAUCCACAGCGGACUCAAGCCGUGCACCUGCGAGACGUGCGGGAAGUCCUUCAUCUCGAGCACGGUUCUGAAGCAGCAUAUGAAGAGCCACAGCAAAGAAAAGCCCUACACUUGUGCCGAGUGUGGGAAAAAGUACAAAAGCGCUCAGGCGUUUAAGCUGCACUGCGUUCUCCACUCGGGACUGAGGCCGUAUCUCUGCGACCGCUGUGGGACGAGCUUCACGAACCCGUCGUCGCUGAAUUCUCACAACCUCAAACACACACGGGAGCUGGUCAUCCCCUGUGAGGUCUGUGCAAAGGUUUUCUUCACCAAACCAGAGCUGAAUCAACACAUGAAGGUGCACAAGAAGAUCAAGGCCAAACAGAAGAACUAAACCAUUUAUCACUUUUACAUUUUGUAAACUGUAAAGCGCAAUUUAAUUAUAGAAAUGGGAAGAACCGAAUGAACUCCAUCAGUUACAAAAUCGUAACUAGAUAAAAUGUGUUUUUAUUAUUGUUGAAAAUGACCACAAGACUUGCAUAACACACAUAAAUGCAUAACACACUCAGAUGGUCGAUGUCCAAAAGCUUUUUUUUAUAUUAACGUAACAUUUUGGGGAAAAAAAAAAAGCCUUCGUCAGAUAUUUUUCUCGCUUUGGACCACAGAACUAUCCAGGCUGGCGCCACCUUGUGCCUCCGCUCAAUUUCAUUUCUCUCAGCGACUAGGUCAGGAAUCAGAAUACACUAGAUGAUUCGCAAGAACCCCGGAAGUUGUAGAUCGCGUAUCAGCCCAUCAGUGAAGAGCUGUGAAGUCAUGACGUCAAACUCGUCACGUCUGUCUGGGUCUAUUUUGUGGAACAGCACAACAGUAAACAAAGUGUCGAGAUGGAUGUAGACGAAGACAGACAUUCUGUGUUGGCGACGAUUCCCGAGAUCGAGGAUUUAAAGCCGGAACGAAGAGAAUGUUUGAAUUUUAUCAAGGGGAAAGACGUUAUUGUCCUUCUUCCUACGGGAUUUGGAGCAUUACAUACGUCACGACCAAACAGCAGUUAUUGGUUAAAUUAAAAAAGUACCUGCCUACAAUCAAGUGAACGAAUCCUAAUCAGACGGUUUCUACGAAGUGAAACCGGCUGAUAAAUCAGGCUACCACAGAAGACAAACAAGAAAAAUAUCUGACGAAGCCUUUUUUUUUUUUUUGCCAAAACGUUAUUCAAAAAUUUUAAAAAAGCUUUUGGACAUCAGCCAUCUGAGUGUACUAUGCAUUUUGUCACUUUUAUUUGCUGUUCGUUGCAUUUGCAAAGGCAUUUGGAAACAUACGAUGACGGCUCUGUUCGCAGUAGUACCGUAUUUUCUGGGCCAUUAGACUCACUCUUAAGCCUCUAAUCGCAUCAAAAAACGGCCACGUGCCACAAUCCAGAGCGCCCCAUACAUGAAUCUACUCUGGUGUCCCAGCACGACUUCAGUAAACUACAAAGCCGCAGACAGCGACUGCACAGCGAAACACACCUGCAGACACACUCGUCACUCCACGCCGACGAGGAACAGAACGGAGGAACGAACCGAAAAAGCGAGUCCAAUGUGCCACUUCUAGACACGACUGAACAACUGAGUCACCGUGAACGCCACAAACCAACAAAACCACUCACCCAUCCAGCUGUUGUGUUUCCUUUAAAGUCCCACACGGUUUAUUUGUGAAAAAAGUUUGAAAAUAGACCAUUUAAUGACUUAAUGUCUUAUACUCCAGAGCGCCUAAUAGUGCGGAAAAUACGGUAAGUCAAAGUCUUGGAAAAAUGAGAAAAUGUCCCAGUUUUCGUCAUCUCCAUGCCUUUGUAGUGUUCCGUUAUGUUCGUCUCAUCAACCACCCCUCAGUUUUAAGUGCAGAGCUGUGGGCGGGGGAAGGGGGUUGGUGCAAACAGAAUUUUUCUGAGCACUCGAGCGUCGAUCGCAGGAACAUAUAAGAUUAUUCUAACCUGCAAGAAUCACUCAUAAUUACACAAAUGCAACAUAAUGAAGAGGUGACACUGGGUAAAAGCUCAUAAAGGCAAUUUUGCACAAUUAUUCUCUUUUAAAAUAAUAAUCUAGUCUAUACUUUUGACACUAAAAGCUCCGGUUACAUUUUUGUGCCAAAUGUAAUUGCCUUACUGUAAAAACUAUGCUUAUUAUUGUAUGUUUAAUGCAUCUUUUUUAUUGAGACUAUACAAACACUGAUAGAAAACACAGACUUUUGUUUUAAAUUGGAGUCUUGAAGAAGCUUUAGCCUGAAUAAAGCAUCAGAGAUAAUGAUUCUAAUUUAUCAAACAAAUGGAGAAAGUUGAUGUUCUAAUACAAAAGUGAAAUGCGUCUGUAAUGUUUGUUAAAUCACUUUAUAAUCCUCUGUUUGAUAUGAAUUCACUGUGAUGAAAUAAACCCCUAGGCCCAGUCUGCGGUCGACCUUUC